AGUAGUUACUUCCAUGAGUUUUCAUUUUUAUUUUUCCUGGUUGUUGGGUAUCCUUGUCUAGUUGUAUUGGCUUAAAAAAUACAAACAAUUGAGAUCCUCAAUUAGAUGAUGAUGAACUAAAAAAAGGAAAGAGUAACCAAUUAUGUGUAAAUGUACUGGUUCAAGAGGUUAGUAUCUCUUUUUUCCCUAAUAAAUUGUUGGAAAAGUAGACCAGGGAUGCUUCUUACACAAGUUGCAAAUAUAAUAAUGAUAUUAUGAUUAAGGAUAAAGAAGUAUCUUAGGAGUAAUUAAGGAAUUGCUGUUGUGCUUUAGAUAUGGGCAUAUAUAAAUAAAAGAAAUGAAAUCACAGAGAGGCGUGGGUAGAGCCGUGUCUGUCUCCACCAUCUUCAAGUUCAACCCAAUAAUGGCUUCCCUGUUGCCAUUGCUGUUUGUGUUUGCGAUUCAACCAUGGCGGGUGACGUCGGAGCAGUACAAAAACAUAUUCAUACUUGCGGGACAGAGCAACAUGGCAGGACGAGGUGGAGUCAGUGAAACAACGGCAACAUGGGACGGUGUGGUUCCGCCGGAGAGCCAACCGAAGCCGUCGAUUUUGCGGCUGAACGCGAAGCUGGAAUUGGUGGAAGCGCAAGAGCCACUCCACGCGGACAUCGAUGUGACGAAGACGAAUGGAGUUGGACCGGGGAUGGCGUUCGCGAACACGAUCUUGGAAAAGCGACCGGGUUUCGGUGUGGUCGGUUUGGUGCCAUGUGCAAUCGGAGGCACAAACAUAAGCGAGUGGGAACGCGGGAAAGUGCACUACACGCGCAUGAUGAAGAGGGUUAAGGCUUCGUUGCAAGGUGGUGGUGCCCUUCAAGCUCUGCUUUGGUAUCAAGGUGAGUCUGAUACUUUGCUUCUCAGUGAUGCCCAAUCUUAUCGAACAAGACUUGCCAAGUUUUUCUUGGAUCUUCGUGCUGAUCUUAACUCUCCAUUGCUUCCUAUAAUUCAGGUAGCUUUGGCAUCUGGAGAAGGCCCUUACAUAGACACAGUAAGAGAAGCUCAGCUUGAUAUGGACCUCCUCAACUUGAGAACUGUCGACGCAAAGGGCUUGCCUCUUGGGCCUGAUGGGCUUCACCUUACCACCCAGGCCCAAGUUCAUCUUGGGCAGGUAAUGGCUGAUGCAUUCCUUCAAUUCGUACCCACUUCACUUCCAAAAAACAAUGUUCUUCCUAUACAUAAUGGAGCUCCUCCUACAAGACCUCACAAUGGUGCCUCCCAAAUUUAUAUGAUCCCAAUAUCGAUAACAUUUCUUACCAUAGUAUCCUUAACUUUGUUAUAGCAAGCAUUCAUUCACUUUUCAGCACUAUUUCAUCACACGGCCUAAGCACAGUGAGAUGAGCGAAGUUGAUAAGAAAAUUAUAGCUCUGUACGAAUAUUUUAAGUGGAUCACUGAGUUAACUAUUAAAACCAACCCAACUUGGUUGAUAAAACUACAUUUUAAUUUAAAGACUUCUUAUUAGUGGAAUUUUUUUGUCCAAAAUUAGUGGAUUUUCAUGGAAUACAAAAUCUGGGAUCAACUAUAUCUCUCUAUUUUCUUUUUUGGAAUCUCUUGGGCACAGAAGAUGUGAACUGUGCAGGGCCAAAAGCACCAAAAGAAGUAGCAAUAUCACAGUCCAGCAGUCAAUGUUCGUUGAUAAUUUUAGCAAGCACUUUUGCAAUUGUUGUUUCAUAGCUAUUGGGCCUUGAUGGGCCAGAUUCCUUUAUAAGAGGCUUCAACCCUUGAUAAUUAUCUUUUUAUGGGAAGAGUUCAACACAACAUUAUGCUGUGUUGCGCUAAAUACAACACAUGAUACUGAUAGUGUGUAAGGGUACUUGACCAAAAAGAAAAAAAAAAUACACACAGGAUAUAUUGCUCUCUUCAAGUAUUGCGUCAACCAUAUGAAACAUGCCGUGGCCCGUGUGCACUUAGAUUAGCGUUUACAAGUAUUAAUUCAUUUUUAUAAAACUAGUUUUGA